GCUUUCUGAGGUCAGAUGUUUUCUGGCUGAGCACGUGAUCUCACAGUAAGAAUAUAAAGAGAAAAAUGAAGGAGAAGGGCUGCUUAACUCAAGAGCCUUUCAGCCUCAGGAAAGAAGGAAGCAAAAGGCCAACAGAAAGGCGAAAGAAGGGAUAGCAAAUAACAGAAAAAGGGAAGAAUGGCCCAGCACACUGAAGGAAAGUUUCAGGACCUUUCAGAAGCCCUGAAGGAAAGCACCAAAGAUGUUCAUGAAGAGGCAGAAAACACAGAAUUCAUGAAGAUUUUCCAGAAAGGGCAGGUGUCGCUUCAUGAAUUUAAGCUGUAUUUGGCUUCUCUGUAUUACAUCUAUGUGGCCCUGGAGGAAGAGUCUGAACGGAAUAAGGACAACCCAGUCUACACUCCUGUUUAUUUCCCCAAUGAAUUGAAUCGCACAGCUGCACUGGAAGAAGACCUGGAAUAUUUCUAUGGUUCUGCAUGGAAGAAGGACAUCCAGUGUCAUGAGGCAACUCAGAAAUAUGUGGAUAGGCUACAUCAUGUAGGCCAGUAUGAACCUGAACUUUUAGUGGCCCAUGCUUAUACCCGAUACUUGGGAGAUCUGUCUGGUGGCCAGAUUCUGAAGAAGAUUGCCCAGAAAUCACUCAGUCUGCCCAAUACUGGAAAAGGACUGUCCUUCUUCAAUUUCUCUGGAAUCACCAACAUUAGCAAAUUCAAACAGCUUUAUAGAGCUCGGAUGAACAGCAUCCCCAUGGAUUCUGCUACUAAAGAGAGAAUCGUUGAAGAGGCCAGAAAAUCUUUUCUGUUGAAUAUUGAAGUGUUUCAGGAGUUGCAAAGUUUGGUGAAUCAAGGCAGGCUUAUGCAGGACAAUCACCUUGAGAACUCCAAAUCAGAUUUUCACACAACACGAAACAACAGAACACAGAAUCCCAAGGGAAGCGACAAAGCACAGAUGAAGCAUACAGGCAUACUGCCGGGCACCCCACUCUUGCGUUGGACUCUCGCUCUUUCCCUCUUAGCAACAACAGUUGUUGUGGGCUUGUAUGCCAUAUGAACAGAAAGGAACUUAAGCACUUUUAGUACUAUUUGCCUACUCCUGAACUAAUACACGUUUUUUUAGUUGAGGAUGACAGAUUUAGACUGUCUCUCAGACUGGAAGAGCUGAGCCUGGCUAUUUCUCUAGUUCUAGGUAUUAUUGUUACCAACAGUUGUUUGAAGAUGUUUGUGUCAAAAACAUUUCUCUAAAGACCCUGAAGUGCCACUGUAUGGCAUGCCUUUAAACCAGUAAGAAGCCAUAAUAACUUGCCAUCUGGGAUAUGUGAGGAAUAAAUCAUGCUGUGAUAUUUUGUCCAGUGUUUAUUUUGUAUGCAGUAUAAGUUGUAUUGCUUGUUUGUCCUAAAACACAAUAGAGUGCUCAAACUAUGGCUUUAUGCAACACACUUCUAUUACUUUAAAACAUAGAUGUGCCUUAGCAAUGAACUUUCAGAAACAGAAUAAUAUACUCUAGUACUUGUACUUUGUCUUUAUAAGUUAUAUGUACUUUCAUUAAAGCUCCUUUUGAGUUGA